GAUUGGACGCGGGCUGCUUCCAAUCACGUUCAUUGGUUGAUCUCGGCUCUUGGUCUCAUACUUCUAUGAUUUACCGUAUCCUUCUUCUCAUCCUCUUCAAUUCUUCUUCACCAAGUCCACGCAUUUCGCAUUUCCCAAUUCCGUAAUGGGUAUGAAGGAUGAUCGUGACGAGGAGGCCAUUCCUCUUGUCACCCAGUUUCUGCAUGCUGACAACAAACCCCAAGCUCCUCCGCCGUUACCGGAGCUGCCUGCGGCUCUCAAGUCUCGGCUGCCCUUGGAGUCUGCUAUUUCUAAUGGAUUUGGUUGGACCGCCGACGGCCUCCCCUUAGUACAGGGGAGUGCAGUGGGCGAGCCCGUGGGCCGGUCUCAGUGGAACUCCAGCAUUUGCGCUUGCCUUGGCCGCAACGAUGAGUUUUGCAGUAGCGAUCUUGAAGUUUGUCUACUUGGGAGCGUGGCUCCAUGUGUGCUUUAUGGAAGCAACGUUGAGCGACUUGGAUCUGAUCCUGGAACAUUUGCCAACCAUUGCUUGCCUUAUUCUGGUCUGUAUAUAUUUGGGAAAUCCUUUUUUGGUUGCAAUUGUCUUGCUCCUUGGUUUUCCUAUCCCAGCCGUACUGCUAUUCGUCGCAGGUUCAAUUUAGAGGGGACUUGCGAGGCACUGAACAGAUCAUGUGGGUGCUGCGGAAGCUUUGUGAUGGAUGAAGCGCAGAUAGAACAGUACGAGACAGCGUGUGACUUUGCAACACAUGUGAUCUGUCAUUCGUGCGCCCUUUGCCAAGAAGCUCGGGAGCUGCGUAGGAGGCUGCCCCAUCCUGGCUUUAACGCCAAACCAGUACUGCUCAUGCUUCCCCCUGCAGAGCAGACCAUGGGACGUGAGGCUUGAUAUUAGUCUUCCUCAUCUUCUCACUGUUGUUCUUCUCUUAUGUUUCUGUCUGCGGACUCCUUGGAAUUUUGAUGUCGUAUAACCGUGUUGAACCUUUUUCCUGGUCUUGUGGAUAUGGUCUAAAAUACCAACGUAGAUGUCAUUUGCUUAGAUACUGUCUUCCCUGUGUAAAACAUGACACGCUUUCUUUUCCUCCCUUUCUUCUGUAUUUUGAUAUCUGAAUUAUGUUGGAUAUGUGAUGUACAUUUGAUUGAUAAUUUAAUAUUUACUAUCUACUGUUUUUUUAA